CCCGGAAGCUCAAACUAUCCGCUUCUGUUUAAAGGAGCUACACUCACAGGCAUAUAUACACGUAUAUAAUACCUAUGGGCGACAUUAACCGCGCUUCGCCGCGUCCCCCGCUUUGUGUUUUAUUUUGAAGGGCGUGAACUCGGAAGCAGAAGACGGAAUCAGGAGGGUGUCACGCGUGUUUUCACCUGAACGAUAAACAAACCCGCACCAAAGCGGUUGGACUAAAGUUCGGACAAAGAAGACAGAAACUUGUCGGACCCGACCGAAUCGCACCCAGACCUCCCCAACAUGUCCGAGUUGGAGGCGCGGGUCCGCGCCAUCUUGGACGUCAUGGUAACCGCCACCAUGUCCGAAAUGGACAAAGUUCUCUGCGGUUCGGAUCCAGCCCGUCCAAACGACCCUCCUCCUGGGAUCGAAAACAGCCAGGAGUCCUCGGAGCAGAAGGUGAUCCGCUUCGGUCUCCUCCUGGCGUCUCUGGCUCAGGACGCCGUGGAGAAGGUCCUGCAGCUGUUCGACGAGUGCUCCACUGUGCUGCGGCUCGAAGUGUCGCAGGGCGCCGCAGAGAUCGAAGACCUGAGGCAGAGACUGAGGGGGGUGGAGAUGGACCUGAAGCUGGUGAUGGAGGGAGGCGGGGAUCUGGGAGGCGAGGAGGAGGUGACGGAGGAGAGGGUGGAGGAGGAAGAUCACCCGGGCAGCAACCAUGCAGGGAGGAGCCCAUGCACAGCUGUGGUCGCUCAUGAGAGCGGAGUCAGGCGGUCGCCCAUAAUUCACCUGUGGAGGAACAGAACGUAUGAGGACAGCAUCCACUCUGUUUCAGUAAAGCAGGAGAUCCUGCAGGCCUCCGCCGCUUCUGCCCAGGAGGAGGAGGAGGUGGAGGAGGUGGAGGAGGACCCAGACUACAUGGUGGAAGCGGUAGACCCGGACGACGGCAGCGACCUGGUUUACACGGUCAGACCUCAGGGCCUCGUGAAGUCCUCGGUCCGAGCGCCGAAGGGGAGCCGGGGUCAGAGGGAGCGGCUCCUGAGCUGCCGACUCUGCAGGAAAACCUUCAGUAAGCUCCUGCAGCUCAAAGCCCACCAGGCCGUUCACGGCGCCAGCGCGGAGAAGCCCUUCGUCUGCUCGCAGUGUGGCCGAGGCUUCUCCUUCCAGCGGAGUCUCAGCGCUCACAUGCUGAUCCACACGGGUGAGAGGCCUCACACCUGCGAAGUCUGCGGGAAGGGUUUCACCCUGAAGCAGCUCCUGAGGACCCACCAGCAGCUGCACGCCGACGUGCGUCCGUUCUGCUGCGACCAGUGCGGCAAAAGCUUUUACCGCGCUCACGGUCUGAAGCUGCACCGCAGGGUCCACACCGGGGAGCGGCUGUACAACUGCCAUUACUGCGAGAAAAGCUUCACCAUACCAGGCAACCUGCAGCGCCACCUGCGCAUACACACCGGCGAGAAGCCGUACAAAUGCGACACGUGCGGCAAGAGCUUCAACCAGGCGGACACGCUGAAAGGCCACCAGCGGCUGCACACCGGCGAGCGCCCCUUCACCUGUGAGACCUGCGGCAAGGCGUUCAUCCAGAAGAACGCCCUGAAGAUGCACCAGAGGACCUCUCACCUGGACGAGCGCAAGCUCACCUGCGUCGCCUGCGGCACCGUGGUGCCCUGCAUCGAGUCUCUGCGCAAACACAUCCAGACGCACGCCGCCACCAUCCCGUGCAUGUGCGUGCGCUGCGACCGGCGCCUCUGCUCCAUCACCGAGCUGCGCGAGCACCAGCAGCAGCACACGCUGGAGCGGCCGCACAGCUGCAGCGUCUGCGGGAAGAGCUUCAAGUCCGCCAGCUACCUGAAGAUCCACCUGAAGGCGCACAGCGGCGAGAGGCCGUACGCCUGCGAGAUCUGCGGCCGUCUGUUCACGCAGCAGAGCAGCCUGAAGUCACACCAGGUGGUCCACACCGGCGAGAAACCCUUCAGCUGCGACACCUGCGGGAAAUCCUUUGGCAACACGGGCAACCUGAAGCGGCACCAGCGCAUCCACACGGGCGAGAAGCCGUUCAGCUGCGACGUGUGCGGCCGCUGCUUCAACCAGGGCAACAGCCUGAAGGCCCACCAGCAGAUCCACACCGGGGAGAAGCAGUUCAUGUGCGACCGGUGCGGCAAGAGCUUCUCCUACCUGAGGAACCUUAAGGACCACAAGUGCUACUACGUUUGACGCCUUCAGGCAGCCAGCUCGUGACUUUCUUCCUUCCUUCCAGACUCCAGGGCUGGUUUCUGUCGAUUCGGCUCACAGAACAGGGGGUUUCAGGCCGGUUUCACCAGAAGUUGAACAGGAAACACAAAAAAAAACUAAAGACAUUUGGCCCAGUGGUGCUGAUGCGUCAGCCUGCAGGCUCCCAGGAAAAACGUCACAACGGUUCUGGUUUUUUCAGUAAUUUCAGCGAGCUACAGCUCAUUGGUUCAAGCUGCAACUUUUUAGAUGUUUCUCUCCUCCAGUGCACCUUUGAUGAAAUGAUUUGGUCAUCAGCGUCUGGAGAUCUGGACUGAAGGCUGAGGACGUAAUGAAGCUGCAGGACUUUGGCACCGCUGCACUGCUUGCAGGGUUUCCAACAUGUUUGCUGUCAGAUUUAUCCAUUAACAUGUCUCUGUAACCAGAAGAUGUGCUGAAGCCUUCACGGCUGCGGUGCAGAGGGAAAAUCUGCCACUUCCUGUUCCACCAUCUGAGGCUGCAGCCAGAAAAUGAGUUGCAUACCAUUAAAUCAAUAUUCUUUGUAAAA